AUGGUGACCUUGAAAGGCACAAAGCUCGUCUUGUAUGUGAUGGCAAAUCGCAGGAAAUUGGUUGUGGAUUGCGAUGAGACCUUUAGUCCGGUAGUGAAACUGGCCACUAUUCGCACAGUUCUUUGUUUAGCUAUGGCUAAGAAAUGGUCGAUACAUAAAUUAGACGUCAAAAAUGCCUUUUUAUAUGGUGAUUUGCAGGAAACUGUUUACAUGCAUCAACCUCCAGGUUUUGUUGAUCGGAGGGCUCCAUCUCAUCUUUGUCGGCUUCGUAAGACUCUCUAUGGUUUGAAACAAGCUCCCAAAGCUUGGUACCAACGGUUUGCGAAUUUUCUCAUCACAUUGGGUUUUGUCAUUACUAAAAGUGACAACUCUCUCUUUACCUUCCGGCUGGGAGAUGAUAUGGCAUAUUUGCUCUUAUAUGUUGAUGAUAUUAUUUUAGCUACCUCCUCUGAAAAGUUACGUACAAGGAUCAUCUCUCAGUUGCAAACUGAGUUUCCCAUGUCUGACUUGAGGCCUCUGAGUUAUUUUUUAGGUAUUGCAGUAACCCGAAAACCUUCUUAUUUGCUACUUUCACAGGAAAAGUAUGCACAGGAGAUUUUAGAGCGUGCAGGUAUGACCUCUUGUAAACCUGCAGCCAUUCCAGUUGACACUAAGUCCAAACUUAGUGCAGAUGCAGGACCACCAUUUCGGGAUCCUACUUUGUAUCGCAGUUUAGCAGGUGCUCUUCAGUAUCUCACUUUCACCAGGCCAGAUAUUGCCUAUGCGGUACAACAGGUGUGUCUUUUUAUGCAUGAUCCCCGGGAACCUCAUUAUGAGGCAUUGAAAUGCAUUAUGCGUUAUGUUCAGGGUACCAUUGAUCACGGUUUACAUUUAUAUCCUACUAUUUCUCAUCGCUUGAUUACUUACACUGACGCUGACUAG